AUGUUUGAUCGAAAUGAUGUUUUAAACGUUAUUUAUACCCUUCCCGUGCUAAUAUCAUUUCCUAUCAUACUUAUAUCUGGGAAUUUGAUCUAUGUUACUGAUUUAGUUUCAGACCCCAUUUCAAUCAUAUCCGUAAGUUCAAUUGCCCUUGUUCUAGCGAGUUUAUUAUCAUUCAUAGUGGUAGGAAUAGAUAGAUUUCAACCUUUUAAUAUCCAAAAAACUGGCAAUGGCUUUAAUUUCCUUAUAUCCAUAGGUUUCAUUUAUGUGUCAACGCAUUUAUUAUCCAUCAAUAGACUUUCAGUACUAUUAUUAUCAUAUUUUAUCAAUUCUUCAAGUAUUUAUUCCAUUUUAAUGUUUGCUUUUGAUAUUUAUUUUAAUGUUUCUUCACCACAAAAUUUAUUCAAGAUUGUUUGUGGAUAUGUUUUGACAAUAGCUGCAUUCAAAUUAUUCAAAUUUUCUAUUGAUGUCAAAACUUCAGUUGGAUGUCUUUUGGUCAGUUUAGUUAUUGGUGGAUUUACUGUCACAUCCAAUCAUAUAAACCUAUCAAUGGUUACUAUAAAUUUAAUCAUAUCCACAAUAUUCUUAUUUUCAUUCAAUCUUUCCAAUUUCCAAACCAACUUGAAUCCUCCAGUAUUAUCUGCUAUUACCUUGGUAGUUGAUUAUUUAUAUCCUUUAAGAAUAAUGAAUUCCUAUUUAAUGUUUGAUCUAUUCUUGCCUUUCUUGAUCAGAGUAGGUGACUUACAAAAUGUCAAAUCUUCAAAUUUUAAGAUCUUGAAUGAACUUUUAAAUCAUUCUGAUACAAAAGCUAUACUUUAUUUUUUACUUUUGAAUACAACCUUUAUGUUCAUUCAAUUGAUUUACUCAUUUAGAUCAGGAUCUUUAGGAUUAUUCUCAGAUUCUUUACAUAUGGCAUUGGACUGUUCAUCUUUGGCUCUUGGUCUUGUUGCUGGUAUUUUAUCCAAAUCUCCAAUCGAUAAAAAUGGUAAAUAUCCCUUUGGAUACUCAAGGUUUGAAACUUUGGCAGGGUACACCAAUGGUACAUUAUUGGUGGGGAUUUCUGGAGGUAUCAUUUUUGAAGCUUUUACCAGAUUAAGUCAUCCAGUGGAAUUGAAAGAAACCAAUGAAUUAAUAGUGGUAUCGAUUCUUGGGUUGGUGGUGAAUUUGGUAGGUAUUUUUGCUUUCCAUCAUGAUCAUGGUCACGGACAUAGUCAUGGUCAUAGUCAUGGUCACAGUCAUAGUCAUAAUAAUCAAGAUUCCAAAGAGCAUUCACAUGAACAUUCUCAUAGCCACUCUCAUGAACAUAGUCACCAAUCUCAUUCUGAACCUGAACAUGAAGAAUCAAUGAAUGAUAACAUGAGAGGUAUUUUCCUUCAUAUUCUUGCCGAUACUUUAGGAUCUGUUGGAGUGGUGAUUUCAACAAUAUUAACCAAAAUAUUCAAAUGGGAAGGUUUUGAUCCAAUAGCUUCCUUAGUUAUAGCUAUUUUAAUCUUCCUUUCAGCUACUCCAUUAAUUAAAUCCACUGCCUCGGCAUUAUUGUUAUCAUUGGACAGUAGAAAAGAAGCAAAAAUUCAAUCUAUUCUCCAGGAAAUUACCCUCAUAAAAGGUGUGAAAUCUUAUACUGCCCCUAGAUUCUGGACAAUCGAAAAUGGUAUCAAUGGUUAUAUCCAUAUACAAGUCUACAGAGGUGAGAAUUCAUCUAACAUUAAAAAGCAAAUAGUAAAAUUAUUUGAUAGUCACAAUGUUUCUUUGAUGAUACAAAUGGAAUUUGAUUAUGAUUCAUGUUGGUGUAGAAUCAACCCUAAUGAUUUAAGUAAUUAUACUACCUAA